GUAUCUAAGCGUGGGUGUGUCUAUACACUCCUGUGUUACAGAGGAAAUGAGUGUUAAAGAAAAAGUUUGUGCUUUAUUUUGUGUUGUGAUUCUCUUGGUAACUGAUUGUUUGACUAUGGUGGAGGAGAAUAUAGAGUUCCAAUUUCAUUGUGGUGAUGUUGAACUGUGUAUUUUCCCCCACCAGUUCUGUAGUAGUGACUCAUACACGUGCAAGUCAUGUUCGAACAGUAUUUGCGCUGAACAGAAUAUUCCCUUGCAGUGUCUCUAUAAUUGUCGGAAACGAAUCAGAGUGGAAGACACAUGUCACAUUCAGGCAUGGCAUGUUGUCCUUUUCUGUGCGGUUACCGCCGUAGCGACCAGCGUGAUCACGGGAUUCGUGUGUGUGUUGAGACAAAAGGAAACGUGCAGACGCACAGACGAUGAUAACCAGACAGACGAAGACAACAAUUUGAUAGGGAACCAUGAAAGAGGGGAGUAUUGCCGGUCUAAAUUGGCGGGAAUUCAACCCACUGACGGUAAUCAGCAAACCACAAUUCAGAAAAACACGAAUUUGUAAACAUACAUGAUGAUUCGAGCCGAGGGCAACAGAAGGCAUUAGUUGAAUGUGACAAUUAUGUAUAAAAUAAACAUUUGCCAGUAGAGAUUUUUCAAACAUGGUUAUAAUUCAUGGUUGACAAGUUUUUAUUUAUUUGAUUAUUUAUGUAGUCUGUUCACAAUAUCAUGUUUGUGUUGUUGUUUUUUGGUCUCAAAAUGCUUGCAAAAUUACAGUUGUGUUAAAAUAUAUAAAAAAUAUUGCUCUUUAUAAACAGUUUCUGUUAUAAAUGUUAGUUUCGCUGUCUUUCUAUGUAACAUCAGCAUUUACGAAUAUUAAAGUUGUGUCGAUGGCGUGUAACCAUAGUCACUUACACUGAUCAAAGAUGAAUCGCACCAAAUAUAGUUGAAUUUUUUUACGUUAUACAGAAAACAAUGUAUGUGUUUCCUAUAUAUGUAUGUAUAUAU